AUGCCUAACAAUGAAGAAGUAGCAGUUGGAGUUUCUAUCCCUGCUCAAAGGGGAAAUUCUUCAGGCACUCUGGAUGUCUCUCACCCCUAUUUCCUUCAUGCUUCUGAUGCACCAGGAAUGGUCCUGGUGAACUGUCCUGUUGAUGGAAAGGGCUAUGCUGGAGGGAGGAGAUCGAUUCUUAUCUCUUUAUCUGCAAAAAAUAAGCUGGGGUUCAUUGAUGGAACCUUACCAGCCCCAGCUACCACUGAUGUUGCCUGGAAUUUAUGGAAUCGAUGUAAUGACAUGGUUACAUCUUGGUUUAGGCAACCAAAUGGUGCCAAACUUUAUCACCUGCAGAAGGAAUUGGCAGAUUUAGUUCAAGGAAAUGAUGAUAUUGCAGGUUACUUUACUAAAAUCAAAAAAAUCUGGGAUGAGCUUGAUGCUCUUAAUGCUGCCAUGCUUUGCAGUUGUAACUGCAACUGUGGAGGAAAGAAAAAGGUCAUACAGUCUAAAGAAGAUGAGAGGCUCACUCAAUUCCUUAUGGGGUUGAAUGACACUUUUGCUCCCGCAAGAAGCAAUAUACUCAUGAUUAAUCUUUUACCCUCU